GUCGUACUUCGUUCUUUAGGUGCAUCCCAGCCAUGGCCUUAUCUGCAUACGAGCACCUACUUCCACCCUCUUGGAAAGCCCAAGUUACGGCAUGGCUCGCUGAGGAUACUCCUUCAUUCGACUACGGUGGAUUCGUCGUCGGUGAAGCUCAUCGCGAGGCUUUCUUGCUCGGGAAAGGGUCGGAGACGGCUGUCCUGGCGGGCUCACCCUUCGUCACGGAGAUCUUUGCUCAGCUGGGAUGCGAAGUAGAAUGGCAUGUGACGGAAGGUUCGACGUUUGAGCCUGUAAAGCAUGUUGCCACUGUGCGCGGGAAGGCGAGGCAUUUACUGCUUGGGGAGCGUGUGGCUUUGAACUUGCUCGCUCGAUGCAGUGGAAUUGCGACCAAGUCGAAGAGGAUCAGCGAUAUAGCGAGGGGGCAUGGGUACAAGGGUAUCAUUGCUGGGACGAGGAAGACUACCCCCGGAUUUCGGUUGGUCGAGAAAUAUGGCAUGAUUGUUGGUGGAAUCGAUCCACAUCGGCAUGAUCUCUCGAGCAUGAUCAUGCUCAAAGAUAAUCACAUCUGGUCUUGCGGUUCCAUCACUGCUGCAAUUCAACAAGCCCGCUCCGUCGGUGGCUUCUCCCUCCUCCUCGACGUCGAAGUUCGCUCCGAAGCUGAAGCCGACGAAGCCAUCGGCGCUGGCGCGGAUGUCAUCAUGCUCGAUAAUAUCGACGGCCCUGAGCUACAGGAUGUAGCGAGGAGGCUGAAAAAGCGUUGGAGUGGAAAGAGGAAGUUUUUAUUGGAGUCGAGCGGGAAUAUCACAGAGAGUAAUUUGAACUAUAGGGCUGUCGAAGAGAUCGACAUCCUGAGCACGAGUGCGGUGCAUCAAUCCGUGCAGCAUAUCGAUUUCAGUCUGAAGAUCCAGAUGCCGAAGACCACUUAACAAGACCGGGGUCGUUUAUACUCUACGAGUUUUCCUUGAUCCAGACGUAGAUCGAUUAUGAAGAAAUGGGGGAGGCUAGUGCUGUAUUCAUGACAUUGGGGAGUUUUUAUACAUAUGUAACUAAAAUUGUUGUUAUAGAGCUGUCGUAGCAGCGGUGAAGUCUUCUAACAAUGCUAAC